UUAUGGCAAAACUGCUGAGCUGUCAGUGCGUUCCGGAAAGAGGGCAGAAAUUUCUUGAUCGCCCCGUAAAAAGGCAAUUUUCCAGGAUGUUAAAGGAAAUUGAGGAUUUGGAGUAUCAAAUACAGAUCGGUGAUCUGUCAACGGGUGUGAAAAUCGACGAAUUCUGUGCGAAAAUUGCGGAAAAAGAGGAUGCCGUGAAUGAGAAGUUGAGGGAAAUCCUGUCCAGGCAGAGCCAGAUAGAUGCCAGGAUGGAGGGAAUUGUGCGUGGCAUAAGUGAGAUUGGUCUGGUGAAGAGUGACUCGCGGAAACUGUCCGAGGUGAUCAACCAUACGGGAGUGUUGGCGGAGAAUGUGAGUGCCAAAGUGAGGCGUCUGGAUGAGGCCAGGAGUCGCGUGUCUGAGUGCCAGCAGCGCGUCCACGAUCUCAUAGAUCUCCAGCUGUGCAGCCAGGGAGUGAUGACAGCCAUCAAGGAGGAGGAUUACGAGAAGGGCGCAGCCCAUGUUCAUCGGUUCCUGUCGAUGGACGAAUCCCUGCUGAAGAAGACGGCAGACGACGUAUCAGAGUCUGUGUCGUCCGUGAGCAAGGCUGUGGAUACGCUCCAGCAGGCGACAAUGCAGCUGCGUCAUCUCAUCACACAGAAAUUCGAUGAGUCCGUGAAGAAGGACGAUCUGGCGUCGGUGGAAAGAUUCUUCAAGAUCUUCCCUCUCCUGGGCAUGCAUGAUCAUGGGAUUGAGAAGUUCUCCUCCUACAUCUGUCAGAAGCUGAACACGAAGGCGCAGAAGGAGCUGAGGACGUCAAUGGACACGGCCAAGGCGGAGAAGAGAACUGUUGUGGCUUUUGCAGACACGCUGACCAUUCUGCUGGAGAACAUCGCUCGUGUGGUGGAAGUGAAUCAGCCCAUCAUCGAGUCCUACUACGGCACAGGUCGUCUGCACCAGAUGGUGAAGAUCUUGCAGCAGGAGUGCGACCAGGAGGUGAAGAUUUGUCUGCUGGAGUUCAACAAAGGUCGCCAAAUUCAGCGAAGAGUGAAUCAGAUCAACGAGUACAUCAAGAGCAGCGGAGUCUCCGCCGCUGGACACUAUCGCAAGCCGUCCGGUGGAUCAGUGGACAAGCUGAAUCCCAAGGAUAUUGACUCCCUGAUAGGAGAGAUCACGAUUAUGCACUCCAGAGCGGAACUCUAUGUGAGAUUCAUGAAGCGGCGCGUGCUGAAGGAUUUGGAGAGCAGCUCGCUGGACGAGGAGAAGAGGAAAUCCGCGUGGGAGAGUGUUGAGACAUGCCUGAAGAACUCCGAUCUCAAUCGACAGAUGCAGGAGAUUCUCGGGAUUUAUCUGCUCUUCGAGCGCUUCUUCAUGGAGGAAAGUGUCCUGAAGGCGAUCGCCCUGGAUGUCCACGAGUCUGGGCAGCAGUGCUCCAGCAUGAUCGAUGAUGUCUUCUUCAUUGUGCGCAAGUGCAUCCGCAGGGCCAACACGACACAGUCUCUGGACGGGAUUUGCGCUGUGAUCAACAAUGCUGCCACAAAUCUGGAGAAUGACUUCGUUUCUGCCCUCAAGACGCCUCUCAAGGCUGGCUAUCCGUCGGGAUAUAUCGAUCUGGCGCAGGCCUACAAUGUGCUGCAGAGCUCCAUUCAGCAGGGGAAGAUUCAGACGUCAGACACGGAACAGGCGAGAAGCAACUUCCUGGUGAAGCUCAACGACGCCGAUGUGGCGACUGAGUACAUCGAGACGCUGUGGACGAUGAUGACGGAGGAGAUCAAGAUCGCCUUUCCCAGUCUCUCGGCGCGCGAGAAUGAGAAGCUGGAGAGCUGCACGAGUGGCCUGAAGUCUGUGGGUGACACGCUGAAGGCCGUGAUUGACUUUGGGAUGCAGCAAUUGCGCUCCAGCGCAAUGAAGCCUCGACUUCACCAGUGGGUGGAUGAAUUCCUCAACUUGAGCCACAAUCUGACUGAGGAGGAGCUCGCCGCUUACGAUGCCGGUGAGACAUUCAUCCAGUCGCUCAUCUCGCAGAUCGAUUCCCUCCUCAAGUCCUUCGAAACUGUGCUGACGGCGCGCAAUUACGGAAUUCUCGUGGAGAUUCUGGCCACAGAUGUCACGGCACGCCUCGAGAGGGUGAUCAGGAAGUCGUCAUUCAACAGAUUGGGCGGCCUAGUGCUGGACCAGGAGGUUCGCACGCUGUCCACCUAUCUCACGGGAGCCACUUCGUGGUCCGUGCGUGAUAAACUGGCCAGACUCACGCAAAUUGCAACGAUUCUCAACCUCGAUCGCGUUUCCGAGCUCAGUGAUUACUACAAUCCCAGCGACACGAGCACCACGCCGACUUGGAGACUCACGCCCAAUGAGAUACGCACGAUAAUGGCUCUGCGGAUGGACUUCCGGGUGGAUGACAUCAAGAAGUUGAAGAUCUAGAGCGGAUGUUCCAGGAAGUUAAUAAAUCGUUAUUUUAAAAGUAUUGUA